AUGACGGUGUUCGACCGGCCCGGCUCGGCCGCCUGGCUGGAGCGGCACGUGCUCACGCACGGCGGCAGCAAGCCGUUCCGCUGUAUAGUCGACGGCUGCUCGCAGCGGUUCUCCUCGCAGUCGGUGUUGGAGCGGCACGUCAACGGCCACUUCAACCCGACGCCGCCGGUGAAGCGGCCCGACGCGUCGACCAAGUUGUCACGGCGCAGCAGCCGGCGCGCUAUCCAGGAGGAGCACCCCUACUCGGCGCGCAUCUUCGACUUCUGCGACGCGACCGUGAUGGAGCGGCUGCGGUACCAGCUGGUGCGCGUGGACGGAGCGCUGGAGCGGCUGGCGCCCGUCUCGGGCCGCGGCCUCCAGCUCUCAGCUCAGGUGAUCGCUCGCAGAACGUGCGCAGACAACAAGCCCGAGCUGCUCGUGCGCUGGAAGCCGGCGGACAUAGUCGAUGACGAGUGGAUGCCGGCGCACGCGUUCCGGCCGACGCGGCACGUGCCGUGCUGCCAGCUGCCGGCGGCGGCGGCGCAGCGCGUGGCCAACGCCGUGGGCGGGCCGCCGGCGCGCCACCGGCGCAAGGGCCGGCCGGCGUAGCGCGCCGCCGCCGGCCGCCGGCCGCCAACGUUCCUACCGCGCCUGCUGCGCCGCUGGACCGCCGGACCGCCGGACCACGGGACCACCGGGUCAUCGGACCACCGGGUCGCCGGACCGUCGGACCAUUGGACCACUGGACCACCGGGUUAACGGGCCGUCGGACCAUUGGACCAUUGGACCACUAGACCA